AUGGCGGUCUCCACAGGAGUUAAAGUUCCUUGUAAUUUUCGAUUGUUGGAAGAACUUGAAGGAGGACAAAAAGGGGUAGGCGAUGGUACUGUUAGCUGGGGCCUUGAAGAUGAUGAAGAUAUGACACUGACAAGGUGGAUAGGCAUGAUUAUUAGGCCCCCAAGGACAAAUUACGAAAACAGAAUAUUUGGCCUGAAAGUAAAACGUGGACCUAAAUACCUGGAAGCUCCUCCAUCAGUUAGAUUUGCAACAAAAAUUAAUAUGAAUGGAAUAAAUAAUUCCAGUGGAAUGGUGGAUGCAUGGGGCAUACCAGUGUUAGCAAAAUGGCAAAAUUCAUAUAGCAUUAAAGUUGUACUUCAAGAGCUAAGACGUCUAAUGAUGUCCAAAGAAAAUAUGAAGCUUCCACAGCCACCAGAAGGACAAACAUACAAUAAUUAAUUUUAGUGGAUCUCAAACUUGUCUUAAAUCAACAACCUUCUACUCAUGUUAGUGUCUUGAUUAAGUAUCACAAUGCAGAAUAUCCACACAUUAAGUAAAAGAAUUCUAGCUGGUAAACAUGACCC